AAUCGCUCAGCUGACUUGAGCGCAGUCCAUGACUGCCCGCGAUGAAGCAUCGACGCUCUUUCAAUAUUCUGCCGAAUUUUGAAGUUAACGUGGUCAAACCUGCACUCGGGACGUCCACCAUCAUCUCGCUGGACCAAAAGAUCUUUCGUUGAAGCUUCGUGUCCGAUUAAAGUCGUCUCGGUGUACGCUGGUGUUUUUCUCGGCCGAUCCUAGCUUCAUUUAGCUUGCUAGCUGCUAACAAAGAGGCUCUCGUGCUCAACACAUCGCUCCGAGAAAAAUCUUAAGCGUAAAGUGUUGUUGUAAUUUUCGUGUGAAAAUGUGCGCAAGAACAGCAGAGUACGAGGAGGAACUUUGUGGAGAAAAAGAGGAACACAAGCGACAACGUCAACUACUGGACGCCAUGAGCAGGAUGCAGCCAAGAAUUGUUCUUCACGGUGCAGACAUCAGUGAAGAUGUUUGUCCUGAGCGGCUGGAUGCGGAGCCCUCUCACAUUAAAGAGGAAGAGGAGAGCAGAGAGGUCUCCCACUUUCAGGUGGAAGAGGAGGACCAGGCCCUUUACAUUAAAAAAGAGGAGGAGCCAGAGCACCCUUGCACGAAAGAUGGUGGCAACACAUCGUCAAAUGAGGAUGAGGAUGAAGAGUAUGAUGGUGAUCUGACAUGUCACACUGACAACAAACUCUGGAAAUGUUCUCGGUGUGGAAAGAUGUUUACUGCUAUCAGGGCUUUGAAAAGACAUGUGAGAACACACACUGGUGAGAAACCUUUUGCCUGUUCAGAUUGUGGCCAAAGAUUCUCUCGGAAGGGAAACUUGAAAAGACACAUGAGAAUACACACAGGUGAGAAACUUUUUAUCUGUUCAGAUUGUGGCGUAAGAUUCUCUGAGGAGGGAAGCUUAAAUGAUCACAAAAGAACCCACACUGGUGAGAAACCUUUUUCCUGCUUGGCUUGUGGUCAAAGAUUCUCUCAUAAGGGAAGCUUAAUUCGCCACACAAGAACCCACACUGGUGAGAAACCGUUUGCCUGUUCAGAUUGUGGCCAAAAAUUCUCUCGGAAGGGAACCUUAAAAAAACACACCAGAACACACACUGGUGAGAAACCUUUUUCCUGCUCAAUUUGCGGCCAAAGGUUCUCUGAGAAGGGACACUUAAAAAGCCACACAAGAAUCCACACGGGUGAGAAACCCUUUGCCUGUUCAGUGUGUGGUCAAAGAUUCUCUCAGAAUGGACACUUAAUUCACCACACAAGAACCCACACUGGUGAGAAACCUUUUUCCUGCUUAGCUUGUGGUCAAAGAUUCUCUCGGAAGGGACACUUAAAUAACCACACAAGAACACACACUGGUGAGAAACCCUUUUCCUGCUCCGUUUGUGGCCAAAGUUUCUCUGAGAAGGGACACUUAAAAAGGCACACAAGAACACACACUGGUGAGAAACGCUUUGCCUGCUCAGUUUGUGGCCAAAGAUUCUCUGAGAAGGGACACUUAAAAAACCACACAAGAACUCACACUGGUGAGAAA